GUCCUUCAGAAACCAAUUUAGGAACAUUGAUCUCCAGGCUACAAAUCAGGAUUUUAAGGCGAUCGUCCUGGUUCACUGGCUGCUGACCUUAUGGGGCUGCAUGGAGCCCUGGUUACCAGACACAUACAGCUGGAGCAACUUCACCGUGCUGGCCCUGGGCGUCUGGGCCAUUGCGCAGCGAGACUCGGUGGAUGCCAUCUUCAUGUUCCUGACCGGCUUGCUGUUGACCAUCCUGACCGACAUUGUCCACUUCAGCCUCUACUACCAGUUCGUGAAGCUGACCGAUACCUUGCGCUUCUGCACCGGCAUGGCUAUUUUUAGCCUCCUCCUCAAGCCUUUGUCCUGUUUCUUCGCCUACCAGAUGUACCGAGAACGGGGUGGAGAAUACGCCCUGAACCUAGGUGUGUUCGGCGUCAGCCAGGAUACCAGCGCCUACCAAUCUAUUGAUACGCCAGACCCCCCACGCCCGUACCCCAAUGUGGCGAGCAAGGGACCGCCUCCACCUUCUUACUGACGGGCUUUGGGGGACCCUGAAGAAGCUGGUCUCUCUUCACGUCUUCUUUGGAAAGGAAACUGGCCUGUUUUCUCCCGGUCUGCUGUUCUGUCGAAUGGAGGAAACACUGAAGAGAAAGUUUUUUUUCCUGGCCAAAAAUUCAGGCGAGGCUCUGUCCGGCUCCGCCUUCCAACCGUGAGGAGAAUCUUUAAAAUGUGAAUAUUCGCCAUUUUGUUUCAUCUCUUGCCUGGGUUGCCGAGUUUCUAAAUCAGUGCAAAGGAAUCUUGAAUGGAGGUGAUAUUCCACGCUGGCGUUCUUCGCAUGGACUUGACAGACCGCCCCUCCCCCCCAAAAAUGUGCGUUUCAUCAGGCAAAAAGCACGUGUUUCCGUGGUGUCGUACAGCGUGGCUUGUGGCAUCGGUGGCCGACCUGGCCUGGCUGAUGUUUCCAGAAGACGGCGGUUGGAGGAGCGGCUGAAAGUCGUAGAGAGAGGCGGUGAACGUUAUCGCAAACGCCGCCUCAAACGGCAAUUUCUUUUAUUCCCAUCGAUUGCUUUUAAGAGUACCUUCUUCAUUUUCUUUUCUCUGGGAUUUGAUUUUCAGGGAGAAUUAAACAAGCUUUUUCUUUUCUUUUUCUUUUUUUUUAAUAAAAUGUUUCUCAAUCCAUUUUCAAAA